AUGAGCCGCAUUUUAUCUCAGCCUAGCCCUGGCUGGUCAAUUUGUGGUUAUGGCAACGAAGUUUGCAAGGCACAGCUUUUAAUCAAGGGGCUGCUAUCACUAUCUGGCGCCAUAUUACAUUUGGUCGAGCACACAAAACGCAUCUUCUAUGGUAUUUUUCGGGUCGUAAUACCUUUUUUUACAGUCUUAGUGUCUGUACCAGCCGAGGAUCGCCUAUAUGUGGACGUCAUCAACUACCUCAGCAGCGAAGACUUAGCCAAAGAGAGAACCGGUGCCGUGGUAGCGCGCACAGAGACUGCCGAUCGCUGCAUAGUUCCCUUCUGGCACAAGAAAACUACGAGAGACGAUUCCCAUGACUGCCAGAUUAUAUACACUUCCAAGUUUGGGACAAGGUUCUUCUACCACGACGGUAAACCUCUGUUCCUCCGCCUCAGAUUUGCGAAGCACUCUGGUCCCCAAAACAGCAGGAAGCCAGAUGCGAACGAGGAACUGGUAGAGAUUCUCUGCCUAGGUUGGUCUCGAGACCCAAUCGACAAGUUCCUCCGCCAUUGUCAUAAAUUUAGACAAGGACAGCGCAAAGGUUCAGUUGCUGUCUACAUCCACCGAGGCAGUGAUUUCGGCAGCCGGGCAUUUUGGGACACAACGAUCGUAAAGCCUCAAAGGUCACUAAGUACGGUGUACUUGGACGAAGGUAUAAAAACGCAGCUCGUCAAGGAUAUUCGACAAUAUCUGCGCCCGCAAACCAGGAAUUUUUACAGAGAUCGCGGAGUACCCUACCGACGAGGGUAUCUCCUACAUGGACCUCCUGGUACGGGCAAAUCUUCCCUCAGCCUGGCUUUGGCAAGUGAAUUCAAUCUCGACGUUUACAUGUUGGAGAUUCCGAGCCUCCGCAGUGACAUAGAGCUGAAGGCGCUGUUCACACUACUGCCACAACGCUGUAUCGUUCUAUUGGAGGAUGUUGAUGCAAUUGGCCUUCAGCGUCGACGUGCCCUAUCAAAUUCAGAUUUGGAAGAUGAGAGCGAUCGCGAAGAUGAACUUUCAGAUUCGGUUGAAAAGCGGUCCGGCUGUUCACUUUCUGGGCUGCUAAACUUGCUGGACGGGGUGGCAAGCCCAGAAGGUCGCAUUCUUGUCAUGACCACCAAUGCCAUUGAGAAGCUAGACCCAGCAUUGCUUCGAGACGGAAGAGUUGAUAUGAAAGUUUACCUUGGGAACAUGGACAAGGAAUCUGCCAGGUUGAUGUUCAUAACCAUGUAUCAACUCCAAUCGGAAACAUUCCCCUCUGUCGAAGUUGAGAACAGCACCAAGCAGCAAACGUGUCAAUCGUGUCAAUCGGCGAACGAUAAAUCCAGACACAUCGAUCUUAACAACCUAGCGCAAGAUUUUGCCAGUAAAAUACCAAUAAAUAGUCUUUCACACGCCAAAGUACAAGGGUACCUUUUAUCUCACAAAGGAAAUCCGCAGGAAGCGGUGGCGAACUUCAACCAAUUUCUUAUGGCCAACCAACCAACCACCACAGGCAGUGACACCAGCAACCCAUCCUAA